AUGUGGCAGUGCAAGAACAAGUCAAGAUGGUGGUAUAGUCUGGUACCAAUACUGUGCAUAUGUAUAAUGUGCUAUGGGGCUAUAGCGUAUAGUUACUCUUUCUGUUACGUGGAAGUUUGGACGCACCUGGGAAUGAAAGCGGCAGCCAUAGGUAUGACAUGCUUACAUUUGAUAAUAGUUAUUCUGCUUUGGAUUAUAUGGGCGCAGAUAAUCAUGAUGGGCCCUGGACGGCAGCCGCGUGUGGCCCCAUUCAUGAUUUUGCCAGAGAUGGCUGACGCCGGGGAGCGUGCGAAGGAAGGGGCUGCGACGUCGGUGCUCCCGCCAGACGUCUACCAGUGCGAUACGCAGGGCUACCCCGUAUGGUGUAGCGUCUGCCAAAGUCUAAAGGGGCUUCGCACGCAUCACUCGGUGCAUCUGGGGUUCUGUGUUCCCCGGCUGGACCAUUACUGCGUUUGGCUGGGAACUGUUAUUGGCCGGAGGAACUACCGGCUAUUCAACCAGUUUCUCAUGUGCUUUCUUAUGCAUGCGUUGAUUAUCUUCGUCUCAGUGGUCAGUCUGCAGAGACGUAUUGCUUCCAGCGCACGCAUGCGCGGGGAAAGGGAGGAUCCAAAUGUGUUGGUGGUAUUAUCACUGAGCUGUCUAGUGUUAUUAAUGGUUGGCGCUCUCUUCAUAUCAUUUUUGAAUUAUAUGGCAAACAAUCAGACGACUAUAGAAAAGUUGUACACACCGAAAAGACAGCCACGCACGAUGUGUUUCUGCGUGUACAAUCCGGCAGACCAAUAUCGUUAUGUGGUGAAAAGCUUACCUCAUGAAAAUUGGAAUAUGUGGGAUAAGGGUAGCGCAUAUGCUAACUACAAGGAUUUUCUGGGUUCUAGUAUAUGGAGGUGGUUUAUUCCCAUCGGCAGUAACAUCCCAGAGUUCCAGACUUCUGCAUGGGAAGACGACUACAAUGCUAUUCUAGGGCCAUAUAAAGAAGAGCUAGGGAGCCACUACAGGGACAUACUGAUGCAGCGCAUCGAACAAGGAAAAUACGUUACACGUUUGCGUGUUUACGGGGACAAAUUCAGAGAAGGACUUUAA